GUCAUAUGUCAUGUGUACACGGAACGCACCAGAGACUCGCAGCUCCAGCCAAAACUCAAUACUUUCGUCACCGAGGCAUGACUCCUCUGCAUUUGUGAUUACACUCUUCUCUCUCAUUAGUCGAUAAGUGAGGUUCUUCAACUAAGCGAGGCUUCCCUGGCGCUCUUCUCUCGAUUAAAAGCUUUGGAAUGUCAUCUGGAAUUUCAUUCUUCUCAAAUUGGCCACAAAGCGAGCUCGAACUCAGAUGACUGAAUAAGCCUUUUUGCUCUUACCUGCGAGUGGAAAAUUAUUGUUGCCGGAUUAUAUCUGAAUAAAUUGAAAGAUAAGCUGCUUAUCCAGCGAUUUGUGUCUUUAUGUUUUCAAAAUUAACAGAGAAUCACUUGGAAGCUUUUAGACGUUACAAAUGUUCCAAGAUAAAUUAAACUUUACUGCUUUCGCUGAAUACCAAUACUUUCCAUCAUCAUCGAGCAAACCAAAGAGUCAAGCAAUAUUUCAUAUCCACUUUUCAGAAGCAAUAUUUGAUGGUGCGGGAAGCAAUAUAGUGUUCAUAUUGUUGCAAUAAGAGUUCAUCUGCAGAAUAAUGCUUGUUUAGAUAAUUUUUCGUCACUUUGUGUUGAUAUUCGAGGAGUUAAGUUGGAUCAGCCAAGUGUAAUACCAGACACAAUCAUGCGUGGGCAAAUAUUAUUGAAACCGCCUGAAAUAGCGCUGAACGGCGUGCGGCAGACCGCCAUGGAUAGCGACUGGAAUGAAAUCAAACACAGAUACCAUCUGAAGGAGACCAUUGGGUCAGGUGGUUUUGCGAAGGUGAAGCUAGCCACUCAUCUACUGAGCGGUCAGAAGGUGGCCAUCAAGAUCAUGGACAAACAUGCCUUAGGGGACGACCUUCCCAGAGUAAAGACAGAAAUCAAAGCAAUGAAGGAGUUGGUUCACCAGCACAUAUGUACGCUCUACGAGGUCGUAGAAACAAAAAACAAGAUUUUCAUGGUUAUAGAGUACUGUCCUGGCGGGGAGCUAUUUGAUUACAUCGUCGCCAAAGACCGUCUCAAGGAGGCUGAGGCCCGAGGAUUCUUCCGCCAAAUCAUUGCAGCUGUCGCUUUCAUCCACCACGAAGGGUACGCACACAGGGACUUAAAACCGGAAAAUCUCCUCUUAGACGAAGACCAGAGCUUAAAGUUGAUUGACUUUGGCCUUGCAGCCAAACCCAAAGUAAGUAGUAACCACUUCUAAUGUACCAUAUUCGCUUACCCCCCUUCAGCACAUCGUAGAAGUUUUUUCCCCUAUCCUUUCCUCCCGUCGUCGUCAAGAGCUUCGUAUGCCCUCUCCCCUUUUUUCCUUGAUUCCUUUCUCCUCCUUCUUCAAUAUAUUUAAUUCCCCCUUUCUUCUACAUUCCAUUUUGACCCCUCCCUACUUUCCUGAAAUCCUUCCUGACCCUCUUUGUCAGCAUCUCAUUGUUAUGAACAUGCUAAUUUAAGUGCAUUAAAACCUUUCAUAUAAACAAAGAUAAACAAAAAAUUUAGGGGGUUGGCAUAUAUUCUCUUUAGAAUUGCCCAUCUCAUGAAUUUUGAUAUCUAUGGCCAUAUUCCAAAUAUUUCUUGACAGAAAUUCCAAUGACAAAUUGGACACCAAAGGGAUAGUUCAUGAAAAUGCAAAAUAUCAUUCGCACGAAGAAAUCUUGUUGGCAAAAGUAGGCUGGUUCAUAUAAACGCCGAUGAUCUCACCUUUCUCCCCUGAAUUUGUUAUUUUCUUCAGAUAUUUUCAUGUUAAAUUCAUCAGUGGAGUAAUGCACUGGAAUCAGAUGAACAUGAAAUAUUCAUUUUUGUCUGUAAUGCUUUCAGCUAAAAUCACAGGGGGGAAAAACCGAUCCUCCUUAGUUGUUAUUCCAGAAUCCAAAUCAUAAAAGGAAUGGAUUUUUUUCUCCCCUCUCUCUCUCUCUUUUAUAUCACUCUUCUGAGUACUUGAAUAACUGUUCUGCAUUUCUUUUUUAUCAAUUCCACUUCUUCAUUUUUUCUUUGAUAAAAAUGAAUAGUCUCUUUUGGGGAGUGUUUCAUAAGUGACUAUUUGUAUUUCAUAAAACAUUCGCACUAAGCCAAAUUAAGCAAUCAGAAGCAAGGAUUACAGUAGCUUAUAACGAUAAUCAUUGAUAGUCACUAGAUUUUUCAUGAAAUGCUUAAUUUCCCAUACAUGCAGAAUGCUGUACAUUUUACACCUGCUUUCCUAAUACUUUAUUGAAACCUGUAUAUAAUGACCAUAAGGGGACAAAUAAAACAGCCUUCAUAUUAAAACACGUGGUCUUUACUGCAGGGUUCCUAUCAUACAUGCCUCAAUGGGAAAAGUACACUCCACUCUAAAAUUAGGAUUUAAAAGAUAGCGCGGAUCUGCUACAGUUACUGAACGCUUGUGCGGAAUAUUUUAGUGCGGGCCUGGUGCGGACCAAAAAAUGAUAAAGGUACUGAAAACGGUAUGACAGGUUCAACUGCAUUUGUAGAUAUUUCUUUUUGGGAAAAAAAAAAUGAAAUGAAGCCCAUCCCUUUGUUGCGUGUAAUGAUCCUUUUUUUAAAUUCAGGGCAGAGCCAUGAC